UGUUUUAUUUGAAAAAGGGGAAGUUUCCAAAGAAUAUAUUCACCUAAGUCAGAAGACUGGUAGUGGCUAAGAAACAAAAGCAAAAGGCAAGAAUGACACCACGGUCUAGCUGCUGUGAAAGUAAGAUGUUGGCCUGUCUUGUGCUGGCUUCCCUCUGUGUAGGGUGGGUCUCUGCCACAGUCGUCUGUCCCAAUGGGCACGUGUGUUCGGUUAUGAACACCUGCUGCCUGGCUAAGGAAGGAUAUGGCUGUUGUAUCUAUCCCUCGGCUGUCUGUUGUUCCGACCUGCUGCACUGUUGCCCAGCUGGCUACUAUUGCAAUGCUGAGUCCCAGUUGUGUGUGAGGGACAGCCUGCCAUGGUACAGACUGCCGUGGCUCAAGAACACGCCUGCCAAGGAACCCGAGACCACUCCCUUCCAGCUCUCCCUUCCUAGAUCUGAUGGCAGCACCAGUCAGGAGAGCUCUUCAGACGUGUCUGUGGUGCUCUGUGACAAUGGCCAUGUCUGCCCUGAUGGUACAACGUGUUGCAGAAACCCUUAUGGUACCUGGUCCUGCUGCCAUGCUGCCAAGUACACACUUGACCUGUGCUGUCUCAGUGAAGUAGGCUGCUGCCAGCUGGGAUUCCACUGUGACAGAGAGCUGAAGGCUUGUGUGAGAGACUCGGCCCCACCUGUACCCCGGGCCACAGUGGAGCAGGCCCCUGGAGAUGGCAGCCUGGCCCUGGAAGGGGUCAUACGCUGUGACGGACAUUUCUACUGCCCCGCUGGCAACUCCUGCUGCAAAGCACCCACCGGUGACUGGGGAUGCUGCCCAUACCCACUGGGCCAAUGCUGCCUGGAUGGCAAGCACUGCUGUGAGUUCGAUUGGACCUGUGACUCAAACUCUACGAACUGUGUGAAGGGAGACACCUCCAUCCCUUCAGCUACCAGGAGGGAGAUACAACGACUGUGAUGCAGCAACACUACUAUCGGUCUGGCGCAUAAUUCCACAUCAGUGGGGUUUCAUCCAUAAGUGCUCGGGAUGUAGACGGUUAACUGUUCAACUUCAAAAUCAAAGUUAAAUUAAUUCAAAUAAGGUUGAAAAAAAAUUAUUAAAUCAUAAAAAUCAAGGAAAAUCAUUAAAUUAUUAAAUCACCAAGAAUCAUCAAAAGUAUCAGUUAAAACUCAAAUUUCUUCCAUGUUGUUGGAGUGUUAUCUUUACUUGCAAACGAAUAAAAUGUAACUUUUAAAAAAACGUCAGUGAGAAUGUGUGAAUUGUGCAAUGUGCUCACUCCUAUAUCACUAGGAGACCUGCUAUGCCACUGUACACAUGUUGAAGACUUCAAAUAAUUAAAUGUUCUAUUCAUGCACAA